AUGCUCCUUCAAUCAUCACUAGCGCUUCUCCUUGCACUGCUCACGGCAGCUCAACACAUCACAAACGACACCACCGAUACCUCGGGAAAUGUGGUCAUCCCGGACGAUGUCACCAUCGACAACAACGUCUGGUGGUCCAUCUAUAAUUCCAAUUUGGAUUUCAGUAGCAGUAAAGAAAUCAAGAACUUGGGUGGAUUUUAUUGGUUCGGGGACAACUAUGACGGAUAUUAUUGGAUCUCUGGAGGCACUAAGCUCAUCAACAGCGGCAUAUUCUACAUGAAAUCCGUCCGGGCAUCCAAUUCUAUCAUGUUCUUUACCCAACAGUUUGUCAACUCGGGCGAUUUCUAUGUCAUUGGGGUACAGAAUAAAUGGACACUGGUGGACAUCCCCGGCGAAAACUGGUCCAAUAACCAAGGAGCAUCCAUCUUGAUGUACUUUGACACCCGGCCUGGAAAGGGCGCCACGUUUGGCACUGAGCACCAUCCAAUCACCAACAAUGGCCAGAUCUGUAUGAGGAACUAUUUCUGGACGUCUAGGAGUUCCGUCCAUGGCACUGGAUGCAUUGACAUUGGUGAGAAUUCUGUUUUCCAAUACCAAGAAUCUGAAUUGUUCCCUUCGGAUCAGACUCUUUAUCUUUCCACUCCCACGUCUGUGGUGUUACUUGGAUCGGCCAAACAAUACUACCCUUACAUGAUAUCUGGGUUUGGUGGUGGGAACUACAUAACACAUGGUUCUCAGAUCGAUAGGUACGAGUACAAUGCCGAUUCUGGGCUUCUCACGGUCCACACAAGGGAUGCUGGCUCGCGACAACCAUGUACCAUGCACUACAACAUUGGGCUAGGGUACCAUCAGAGCAUGUUUAAGAUCUUGGAACUCGUAGAUUUGGGGCCUGGGAUUGGCAUUUCCCCACAAAAUUCCACCAUCACGUACGAGGGAAAAGUCCCUGAGUAUAGCACUACCCACAAUGGGUGUGUACUUUGCAAGGAUGAGCCAAUGUUCCCGCCCCAAUAG